GUUCUCUGUUAAGACUGCAAGAAGAUACUACCAACUGACUGGAGGCCAAGAACCGAGUGCAGCACUGGCUGUAGGUACCUUAACAUGGGGAACCUUCUAAAAGUUUUGACAUGCACAGACCUUGAGCAGGGGCCAAAUUUUUUCCUUGAUUUUGAAAAUGCCCAACCUACAGAAUCUGAAAAGGAAAUUUAUAAUCAGGUGAAUGUAGUGUUAAAGGAUGCAGAAGGAAUACUGGAAGACUUGCAGUCAUAUAGAGGAGCUGGCCAUGAAAUACGAGAGGCAAUACAGCAUCCCAAUGAUGAGAAGCUGCAAGAGAAGGCAUGGGGUGCAGUUGUUCCACUAGUAGGCAAACUAAAGAAAUUCUAUGAAUUUUCUCAAAGACUAGAGGCAGGAUUGCGAGGUCUGUUGGGAGCCCUGACAAGCACUCCGUAUUCACCAACGCAACACCUGGAGCGAGAGCAGGCUCUUGCUAAGCAGUUUGCAGAAAUUCUUCACUUUACACUCCGAUUUGAUGAGCUCAAGAUGACAAAUCCUGCUAUACAGAAUGACUUCAGCUACUAUAGAAGAACUCUGAGCCGUAUGAGGAUUAACAAUGUCCCAGCAGAGGGAGAAAAUGAAGUAAAUAAUGAGUUGGCAAACAGAAUGUCUUUAUUUUACGCUGAAGCAACGCCAAUGUUGAAAACCUUAAGCGAUGCUACAACAAAGUUUGUGUCAGAGAACAAAAAUUUACCGAUAGAGAAUACUACGGAUUGCUUAAGCACCAUGGCUAGUGUGUGCAGGGUCAUGCUGGAAACCCCUGAAUACAGAAGCAGGUUUACAAAUGAGGAAACAGUAUCAUUCUGUCUGAGGGUAAUGGUGGGUGUCAUCAUACUCUAUGACCACGUGCAUCCGGUGGGCGCUUUUGCCAAAACUUCAAAAAUUGAUAUGAAAGGAUGCAUCAAAGUUCUUAAAGACCAGCCUCCUAACAGUGUAGAAGGCCUUCUAAAUGCUCUCAGGUACACAACAAAGCAUUUGAAUGAUGAGACUACCUCCAAGCAAAUUAAAUCCAUGUUGCAAUAACAAUUACCUGGAAUUCGCACCUGCUGUAGACAGACAGUAUUCUGCAAUGACUGAGAUGCACAGAUUUUUUUUUUUAGUGAUUGCAACUACUAUCUCGUUCAUUCUUGCUUUUUAUUUUCUCUCUUCCUGUUUACCCUUUUUUUAAUCACUUUCUUGUUCUUAAGUAAGCUCAGACUUCUUUUCUGUGCCAAAUCAAUGAAAAUUAUCAAUUCUGGAAAGUAUUUCUACUUUUCAGAAUAGCCAUCCUAAGUGGCAGCUAAUUAUGCGUUGCAUUUGGAUUUCUCUGUACUGGGGAAAGAUUUGUGACUUGAACUAAAUAUUUUUAAACUUGUGGUUUUUUUUCUUUUUUUGAAAAACUAAUAUUUAAUAUUGCUUCUUCUGCAUGGCAAGACUGCCUACUUCUGCUAUUUAAAAAUCCCUUGAUGACUUCAUUUUCUAUUGCAGCUUAUUUUCAUGUGCAACCAUGAGGAGACUAAAAGCAGAUUUGUUUAAAUUAACUGUGUUUGUACAAAAUGGUACCCAACACAAAGGUUUUUUUAAAUGAGUAAAAACUGUUUUGUUUAAAAGUUACGUUUGCAUUGACUCAUUUUUGUAAGGAUGUAUGUUGUAUGUUUAACCUUUAAUAACUAACGUUAAACUGUGGUGUGUGCGUAGCAAAAUUACGUAUGCAUGUUCAUGUCAAAUGAUUGGCUGUGGAUAAGAUAAUAAAAUCAGCUUUCAUUUUUCUAAGUGUGGUUUGAUUUACCAGUAUUUUUG